UUAGAGAGAGAAAGUGAGUUAAAUAGAGAGAGAGAGAGACAAAGUUCCCUCUACUGAGUUGCUCAUUUCUGUGUUUCCUCAACCUCUCCAACUUCUGCCUAUUCCGAAAACUCUCAAAAACAACAUAAGACAAUCCUCAAAAUCUCAUGUUCCAAAUUUCAAAACCAUGACCAACCCAUUAACUGAAACUUGAUCCCAAAUUUAACCCUCCCAUCAUCUCAUCGCCACCAUGCCAUCCCGGCAACUCCUCCAAUCUCCGCCGUCCACGGCGUUCUUAUCCAACACAUACCCACCACCACCACCACCAACACCACAAACACAACCUCCUCACACCCAUCACCACCGCCACCACCACCUCCUGACCCCUCUCAUCGCCGCCACCGCUUCCGCCUUCUCCCUCCUCCUCCUCGCCUUCAUCUGCCACCGCACCCUCACUCGAAAACGCACCACCCCAUUCUCCUCCUCCGACACCGACUCCAAGCCACCCCACCGCUUCUCCUACGCCCUCCUCCGCCGCGCCACUAACUCCUUCUCCUCCCGCCUUGGCCACGGCGGCUUCGGCACCGUCUUCGCCGGCACUCUCCCGCCGCCGGCACGCAAACCCAUCGCCGUCAAGCUCAUGGACUCAACCUCCCACCAAGGCGAGCGCGAGUUCCACAACGAGCUUUUCUUCGCGUCGAGGCUCCGCUCCCUCCACGUCGUCGCCGCCGUCGGGUUCUCCUCCGACCCAAAACGCCGGCGAUUCCUCCUCGUCUACGAGCUCAUGCACAACGGGAACCUCCAAGACGCGCUCUUGCACCGAAAAAGCCCCGAGCUUUUGGAUUGGAAGAAGCGCUUCGCUAUUGUGUUGGACAUUGCAAGAGGAGUUCAGUACCUUCACUCUUGCGACCCUCCCAUUAUUCAUGGAGACAUAAAACCCAGUAACAUUUUGUUGGAUCGAAAUUUCUCUGCUAAAAUCGGGGAUUUUGGGCUUGCCCGGUUGAAAUCGGAGCCGCUCCAGUUUGAAAUUGAGGUUUUGGAUGAUGAUAGUAUUGCUGAUGAUGAUGAUGAGGAGAAGAAGAAGAAGAAGAAGAAGGAGGAAGAAUUGGAGUGUGAUGUUGGUGGGGUUGUGUUUGAUGAUUGUGGCUCAAUUGAGAGUGUGCAUACUGUUUUCUUUGAUUCGGGUAGCUUGGGUGUGGAGCAAUCUCCUCCACAAUUGGAAAAGUCACCAGAAUCUAUUGUGGCGGCAGUGGCUUCGCCGGAGACGGCUUUGGCGACGGUGGCUUCAUCACCGGGUUUUGAUAAGUUUAGUGUGCAAAGUGAGAAGGAUGUUGUUGGGGGUGUUAAGAAGAGUGGUAAAGGGCUAAGGAGUAAUUCAGUGAGGGAAUUAUGGUGGAUGCAAGACAAUGAUGAGGUUGCUGCCUCUGCUUCAGCUUCAACACCAACAGUUAGUGAAAGUAAGAAGGUGAAGGAAUAUGUGAUGGAGUGGAUUGGAAGGGAAGUGAAUAAGGAAAGUCCAAAGAGUGAAUGGGUUGGAGCAAAGAUUAUGGAGACAGAGAAGAAGAAGAGCAAGAAGCACCAAUUGGAAUGGUGGGAGUCAAUGGAUGAGUUAAAGGUUGGUGGGGUUGUGAAGAAGGAGAAGAGAAGGCCUGCGAGGGAAUGGUGGAAGGAGAACAGUGAAGAGAUUGCAAAGAAGAAGAAAAAGAAGAAGAAGAAUAAGAAGAGUGUAAACAAUGAUGACAAUGGUGAUGAUUGGUGGGUUAGUGAUGAUGCAUUAUAUGGGGAUAAAAUUAUGACCAAGAGCAGAAGCAGGAACAACCGUGGUAAUAUGGAUUGGUGGUUAGAUGGUCUCAGUGGUCAGUUAUGGAGAGCUCGGAGGAAUAGCUUUGAUUCUGCUAGUGGUGAAAUUCCAAAGAGUGGUGGUGUGAGUAGUACUCCUAGUAUGAGAGGAACUGUAUGUUAUGUUGCUCCUGAAUAUGGCUGUGGUGAAGAUGUCUCAGAGAAGUGUGAUGUAUAUAGCUUUGGGGUCUUGUUGCUUGUUAUCAUUUCUGGGAGGCGACCACUUCAGGUGAAUGGUUCACCAAUGUCAGAGUUUCAGCGAGCAAAUCUUUUGUCAUGGACACGCCAUUGUGCUAGAAAUGGGAAGCUCAUUGAGCUUGUUGAUCAGUCUAUUCAGUCAUUGGAUAAAGAGCAGGCUCUUCUCUGCAUCAAGGUGGCUUUGCUUUGUUUGCUUAAGUCACCUGCUCGUCGUCCUUCAUUGAUGGAGGUUGUGGGAAUGCUUAGUGGAGAAUUGGAACCACCCCAAUUGCCUGUUGAGUACUCACCUUCAACCCCUUCUCGCUUCCCUUUCAAGUCUAGGAAAAAAGGCCGGUGAGUUUCUUCUAUCAGAUAAGCCAUUUUCAUGGAUAGUUACAGUAAUAUACUGGUGGUGGCAGUUUACCAAUGAUAGAUAAUUGUAUAGGGAUUUAGGAGGGAAAAGUUGUGUUCUUACCAUUGGAGUUCACUUUCUCUCCUUUCUUUUUUCUUUUUGUUUUACCAUUUUGGUCCUAGUCCUUUCACUUUUCUCGUUUUGACACCAUUAUGGCCUACCAGUUGGAGUUUGAUCAGUGUACAUAGACCUACUUCACUUUUUUUUUUUUCCCACACUGACUUAUAGGCAUGCCUUGAGUGAUGUUUAUCUUUUGGAAACUUUGAUCCAUGCUUUAGUGGUGAGGACUGAAGCCAUCUUUGUAGUUUGCAUUCUCUUACUUUUGGAAAUGAAAUAACAGCAUACCUUUUAUUUACAACUCCUUUGUGGU